CAUGAGUUUCACUACCUGAGGAUCAUUUCUCUCUUUUUCAUAUUGGUGCACUGUUCUAAAAAAUCCUUAAGCCGACAAAAUUUUAAGAAAUGCCUGAGUCAAACGAGGCUCCACUGAUCAGAGCUCCAAGUGAUCAAACUUCAAUCAAUAUGGGAUCUCCAAGAGGGGGAUCCAACAGUCAGGCCCUGAAGGUGGCAGGAGUGACUCUGCUGGCAGGUAUACUGAUUGCAGGUCAGGCCUUCACUGCCUACAUGGCAUUCAGCCAGAAGGAGCAGCUCAACACACUAGAGAGACGCAGUGACCGACUGCAGGAGAUCAAUCGCAAGUCUAUGGCCAUGCGCGCACCCGUGAAAAUGCAUCUCCCCAUGAGUUCCCUCCCUCUGAUGCUUGAGGAUUUGCCAAAAGAUGAGAAAAAGGAUACAUCUCCCAAACCAGAGCCCAGUGUUCGUACCCAGUGCCAGCUGGAGGCUGCUGGAGAGGUCAAGAGUCUGCUCCCCUCUUUCCGCCCUCAGUGUGAUGAUAAAGGAGACUAUCUGGCCCAGCAGUGCUGGGAUGGGACUGAAAUGUGCUGGUGUGUGGACAAGAACGGCACUGAGGUCCCUGAUUCUCUGACCAAGGGCCCUGCGGAGUGUGGAGCCACUGGACCCUCUCAGCUAAUGCCAGUGGAGCCUCUGCUAGGAGCAGAAGAGGCACAGUGAGGAGCAGCAGUGAAUGCUCAGCCUGGAACUUCAUAAAUAUCAUAUUUUGGUCUCUUUAUCAUGAAUUCUUUCACAAUUUUCAUAUAUUUUUGGCUGUCAGUAGCUUAAAUCUAAAAUAAGGCUAAUUGUGCUUAAUGUAUUAUACUGGUAAUAAUUACAAGCUAUGUUAAAUCAGCUUUUGCAGUGUUGGUCUUUUAUAUUUUACCUUGUUUUUUACUAACCUUUUAAAUGACCUAUUGUGUGAACUUAUAAAUAAACAUAUGAAGAUGGAAAAUUAAUAUAUUUCUGAAGGAAACAAACAGAUGGAAAAUAAAAUGUACUAACAAUUAA